UUGGUAUAAUACUAAUAUCUAAAUGACACAACAUGUACUAGUAUAGUAUGAUACUAAUAUCUAAACGACACAACACGUAUAUAGUAUAAUAUACAAUUAGUAUAAUACUAGUAUCUAAACGACACAACACGUAUAUAGUAUAAUAUACAAUUAGUAUAAUACUAGUAUCUAAACGACACAACACGUAUAUAGUAUAAUAUACAAUUAGUAUAAUACUAGUAUCUAAACGACACAACACGUAUAUAGUAUAAUAUACAAUUAGCAUAAAACUAGUAUCUAAACGACACAACACGUAUAUAGUAUAAUAUAUAAUACUAAUAUCUAAAUCUAAACUACACAGGGGAUUGGUCGCGUGAGAAGGCAAUAGAGCGACUUGAUGAUGUUUUCCUAAACCACCACCCUGCCAGCGAUAAGGGAUCAGAGGUGAAUUGUACAGUCUCCCAGAAACCGGAGAUCUUUUCCGUCUAAAUAUUGAGAUACCCGAAAAACGAACCAACGCCGCCCUUCCUCCCGCGACGAAAUAAAAGCGUCGUCUACGAGUAACUCUGCCACUCUCGGAGACAGCGACAAGACGACUGAAAUAGAAACCAGUCCUAACAUUUUGGACUAGCUAGAUUGCCGACACCAUGGUGAAGAUUUGGAUAGCGCUGUGUCUGUUUGUCUUAGUGUCCGCCGUCAGACACAAGAGGCAGACUCAACCGUGUAUAGACACGUGGUCUCUGAACGCGGCGAACAACCCGUGUCAGCGGCUCGGGGGCCUGGUCUACUACCCCCACCCCCAGGACCGCCGCAAGUUCAUCCAGUGCGGCGUCUUCCAACGCAUGUACAUCGUGCAGUGUCCUGCCGGGAUGACGUACAGCCAGGCCACGACGUCGUGCCAGAACGCGUCAACGGCGACGUCCGCCCCGGUCACCAACCCCCUGAACCCGUGCACGCAGCAGCACAUCAACAACGGCCAGAUCUACUGGCCCUUCCCCACCGACAAGUCCAAGUUCAUCGAGUGCAACGCCAACGGGGUGGCCAACGUGCUGAGCUGCCCCAGCGGCCUACUGUGGGACCAGACGAAGGUGUCGUGCGUGUACCCGGCGAAGUCCAGCGGCCCGGUGGCCACCAUCCACCCCCCGCACACCGGGGUCAACUACUGCACACGAGCCAACAUCAACGCGGGAAAGAUGUACUUCCCCCACCCCGACAUCCACAAGUUCAUCCAGUGCGACAUUGCGGGCAACGCCUACGUCAAUAGCUGCCCCAGUGGCCUCGUGUGGAACGUGGCCCUAGAGACGUGCUAUUCUCCGUUCAACCAGCCGUUACCUAUCGGCUGAAACUUUUAAAUUCUAUUCUCCAUUCAACCAGCCGUCACCUAUCGGCUGAAACUUUUAAAUGCUAUUCUCCAGCCGUCACCUAUCGGCUGAAACUUUUAAAUGCUAUUCUCCAUUCAACCAGCCGUCACCUGUCGGCUAAAACUUUUAAAUGCUAUUCUCCAUUCAACCAACAGUCACCUGUCGGCUAAAACUUUUAAAUGCUAUUCUCCAUUCAACAAGCCGUCACCUGUCGGCUAAAACUUUUUAAUCUUCCACGGGGAAACACCUUCUUGUAUGUUAAUGUAAGUUACCCCUCACAUGAUGAAUAAAAGUUUACACUCG